AUGGAUCUCAACCUUUUCUGGUACGCUCAAGAAGCGUUGACUAGUCCUGAUGUCUAUUUAGCACCUGAUACGCCCCUUCGUGGAACACGCCACGCUUACAAGCUUACUCAACAAAGAAACCAACGCAUUACCGAACGCGCCAUCCGUUGCCAUGCCUAUGAAUUACAGCAAGCGCACAGCAACAUAGCCCAACACCUCGAUCGACAAGCUUUGCACGCUCCAAAAGAAACGAAUCCACUGUUGGAAUUCACAUGUGGCGACAAGUUUUUACGAGACAAUCAGCAAAAGUUCGAUAAGCUGCUUGACGACACCGAAUCAAUGAUGUCCUUGGAGUACGAGCCGAUGGAUAUGAGUGAUGAUGAUAGUAGUCAAGCCGUCAAACCCAAAGAUAGUGAUCAUCUAUACCGAGAAACGUUUCGACACGAGGCAGAGGACGCAUAUAACCAGUGCAUUCAAUGGCAUAUUGAUUCUCAACAAACUCGAUGGGAAGAAUUACGGCGAUACAUGACAGAUGAAGCAGCGAGCAUCAUGAAUGAGAUAGUCGAGCAUCAGAAAUCACUUGCUCCAGCCCCUGCAACUCACAAUGAAUCCAUUCAACACAAUCCAAAACGCAAAAGAAAGAGAGAGAAGCAUAAAAAGAAUGAUGAGCAGCAUACCUCUUCACAACAACAGCAUUCCACCCCUUCAUUAUCAUCAUCAACAGCAUCAUCAUCAGUCAAAAAGCCCCAAUCUCAACAAAGUCGCCCAUCAGCAUCAUCCAGUAGCAUCCCACCAGUAGCAUCAUCAUCCACAUCAAGUUCAAGAGUACCAAAGGUGAUUCCUGCAUCCACAUCACGACCAACAGGACGCUCGAAUCAAGUACCCAGCGUUGCAUCAUCAUCAUCAUCAACUUCGAGAGUGCCUGAAGUAACAAGUGCACCAUCAUGGAACGCUUCUUCUUAUCGGCCAAGCUUGGUCCACAAUGGCAAGAUCUCAAUCAAAAAGAUAGCAGGGAAAGGAUUCCAGGUCGUGUGCGAGAAAAAGAAUGAACCUAUCAAAAUAUUGGGGACUCCUCAAGAAUUUGAUGAAGCACACUAUCAUCCAGAACGCAAAUCAAAUAUCAAAAUCCAGUCUUUCCAAGGGACCAAGGUCUUUCGUAGCGUCGACAAUCGUGGAAGGUUACAAACAAUUGCUCCAGUCGAUGAAAUUGAACCCUUGAUACGGCAGUAUUUCUUGACAUCAUCACGGGGCCAUGAUCGUAUGUUGUAA